CCUCUGCCAUCACAGCCCGACUCUUUCCUCGACCCACCACACCAGCAACUAUGCGCCGUCUGAAAAAGACACAACAGAGUAGCGAGACAAAGGAUGCUGCCAAUACCGCAGCUGGCGCCCUGAAGCAAGCCCUUGAAAUUUUCAGCGGUGUUGCCAGCAAUCUUGGUGUGCCGGGCGUGCAGAUAGGUGUCAGCGUCCUCUCGACGUUGUUGGAUUUGGUUCAGAAAUCCCAUGCAAACACCGAAAGCAUCAACGACCUAGCGGAGAAAGUCGGAGAUCUGACAACGGUGAUAGGCGAAUGCACGAAACCCCACGGUCAGAAUAUACCUGGGCCGAUGCAGGCCAGACUCGAUCGACUGUUCACCUCCUGGAAAGCGAUCGAUGACAAGGCUCAGAUACUCGAAUCUCGGCGCAGAAUACAGAGAGAGUUGGACAUCAGUGGGGAAGCGGACAAGAUUGCUGGCAUCGUGAAAGACCUGUCGUGGUCAAUCCAGUGUUUCAUGUUAGAGGGAACGGUUGCGGUUGAAUCUACUCUGAACCGCUUGGAGUCCCGUCUGGAAGUUAAAUCUUUACCGCCUUUUGCGGCCCUGGCGCGAUUCGACUCCAGCCGCGAAGAGUGCACGACUUGCCUCGAAGGAACACGUACAGGCAUUUUGGAAGACAUCUACACCUGGGCGACUAAUCAACAUGUGCCUGACGAUACCGCGAACUCUGCGACGCAACCCGCCAGUCAUCAGUCCAACGUCUUCUGGCUGAACGGCCAACCUGGCUCAGGCAAGACGACGAUCGCACGAACUGUCGCUUCGCGAUGUCACGCAGAAGGCAUCCUAGGCGCGAGCUUCUUCUGUUCUCGGUCGGAUGCCGAAUGCAACAACGCGUCGUUGAUCUUCACGACCAUCGCUUACCAGCUCGGACUGCUCUUUCCGUCUUAUGGUGACCGAGUCUCGGAGAUACUGAAGAAAGAUCCCCUUCUGGCGCACUCUGCCGUCACCCGUCAGUUCGAGGAGCUGAUAAUCCAGCCGCUGGCACACCUCCGUGACCUACACAACGACGGCUCACCCAUUCCGCCAUGCGUUGUGGUGAUCGACGCACUGGACGAGUGUCGAGACCCGAAGGCCACGUCUGCAAUUCUGUCCAGUCUGCUCAAGCACGCAGAUAAACUCUCCCCCCUUCGAUUCUUUGUCGCCAGCCGUCCCGAGAGGCACAUCAUCGCUACCUUCAACUUCCCUGGCUAUCGCAAUGCGUUCGGCCAGCUACCCCUACAUGAGGUCGAACUGGAGGUCGUCACCCCCGACAUCAACCACUACAUUACUGUUUCCUUUUCGAAGAUCGCCGAGUCCUUACGAGUACCAAAGUCAUGGCCCAACAAGCUACAUGUCGAGAAGCUGGGUCUGAGGUCUAACGGCCUAUUCAUCUUCGCCGCGACUGCAGUCAAGUAUGUUGGAGACCCGGUGUAUGGUGAUCCCGUUGGACGGCUCGAGAGACUCAUGUCCGCCACGGCAGAAGCUGGCCCUCAUCAGUUACUCGAUGAACUGUACCUGCAGGUCCUCGAGACUGCCUUCCCUGACAUGUCGGACGACCU